CAAAUUUACAUUGUACACUUGAAAUAUACCAAUCAAUGGAAGCCUCUCAUCAAGGAGGGAAGAACACCGGGAACAAUGGGAAGGGAAACGCGGAGGUUCGAUACAGGGGAAUUCGCCGGAGGCCAUGGGGAAAGUUCGCGGCGGAGAUACGUGAUCCAACGAGGAAUGGAGCACGACUGUGGUUAGGAACUUUUGAGACGGCUGAAGAGGCUGCAAGGGCAUAUGACAGGGCUGCUUUUGCUUUCCGGGGUCACUCAGCUAUUCUCAACUUCCCGAACGAGUAUCAAUCCCAUAAUCCCACCCUUCCACCUUCUUUAGCUUCUUCAUCUACUUAUGGGGUUGGUCGAGGGAAUCCUCCUAGAGGGCGAGGGAGUGAAGUUAUAGAAUUCGAGUACCUGGAUGACAAGUUGUUAGAGGAUCUUCUUGAAACCCAAGAUGAUAGGCAGCGCCUUUAGAAUUAGUUCUUAUUGUAUUGGAUUAAUUAACCAUGGAAAUAAUUUUCUCCCCUGUUACCAAGGGAAAUCUUUAUGGAAACUGCAUUUGUAUUAAUUA